CUGAGCCUAGAUAUAAACAUGAGCCAUUACGUUGUCCUUCUUCCCUCCCUCUGCUGUGCUGUCGCUGAGGUUCCUGGCUAACAGAAAAUGGGAAUGGAGAAUAGAUACAGAAGGAUGGAAGACUCUUUAAGACAAACUGCCGAGCUUGGUCUGGAGGUGCUACAUCGAGUGAAAAGCAGAGAAGUGGACUGGAGCACAGGAUACAAAGCAACGCCCAGAAUGUGUAGAAAACCGGAAAGUAAGGAGGUUACACAGCAGGAAGGAGAGGAUGAUGGGAAUCUGGAACAGGCUUUUGAUACAAUUGCAAACUUUAUGCAUCACACUAUGGAACAAUGCAAGAUGUUUCAUAAGUGUAUGCCGGCCAGUAGCCUGAGUAAGCAGGAAAUGAAUCAUAUCUGCAGGUUUCACUGGAGACGAUCAGCACAGAUGGUGUUAAGUCCUGGUGCAUCUCAGAGCUGCUCCACUGGUCACCUUUGGGAUACAGAUCACCACCAGCCUAUAAAGGGGCAAAGGGAACCUCACAAUGUUUGUAUUGAAGUUGCCCCUGGCACUUAUAGUAUCUCAGCAGGUUUACAAAAGUCUCAGCGACAAACGCAAGUGGUGAAUAUCACACCAGGACAAAGCGUUGAUUUAACCUUCAGUCUGUAAUUCAAUAUCACCAAUACUGUAACAACAGCCAUAAUGUUGUAUUUCAUUGGUUUUGGUUUUGACGUUCUCUGACAUGUGCUGGGUUUAUAUUUCCUACCCAGUUCCACCAAAGACUUUACUGAUGUGUCUGAGAUGACCAUAAUGAUAUAGUUCUAUUUAUUAUUAAGCAAGAAAAAUAAUCAUAAACCAUUGUAUUUAUAUUUACUUUGCCUUAUUGAGCUAAUAUGCACUUUAUUUAAAUGUUCCUGUGUAUUUCUUCUGGGUUAAAGAAACAGCACAACAUUCUCUCUUUCUGUAGCGCUUGUGCUCACUGUUCUCCUGUAUAAUGUCUCAAAUAAGGCUAUAUAGAUAUUUUAAGCUUUCAUUAUUUGUUUAAUGAUUUUGUCUGUGCUGCAGUGUGACAUGACUGGGGACGACUGCUGUUACUGUGUCAUAAACCCAGUGUCUGCCAGAGAGAACUGUAAUGCAUUCUAACACUAUCAGUUAAAGGGACAGUCUACUCCAGAAUUUGUAUUGUUUGAAGAAAAAAAAUCCUUUUAUUACCCAUUUCCAUUAUCCAGUUUUGCAUAACCAACACAGUUUUAUAUUAAUAUACUUUUUACCUCUGUGAUUACCUUGUAUCUAAGCCUCUGCAGACUGCCCCUUAUCUCAGUUCCUUUGACAAAGUUGCAUUUUAGACAGUCAGUGCUGACUUAUAAAUAACUCCAUGGGAGUGAGCACAAUGUUAUCUCUAUGGCACACAUGAACUAGCUUAACUAGGUUUAGCUUUCAACAAAGAAUACCAAAAGAACAAAGUAAAUUUGAUGAUAAAGUUUAAUUUUGACUAGACUGUCCCUUUAAGGGGUUUAAACAUUAAUAUUUUUUACAGGUUUUUUUUUUUUUUUUUCUUUACAAACACACUAGUGCUGAAAAGAACAUCAAACUCAAAUGAAAAUUUACAUGAGCAGGCACGCUGUUUAAAUACAGGGGCACAAGGCAUACAUACAUAGGUUUGGUCCAUGCACUAUAAAACCUAUCACCUAAGCAGCUAUAACUUUUGCCAGAAGCAUUUUUUCUAAUUUGUGUACAUUUGUUUUAUAUUCCUUUAAAGCCGGAGAUUAUAGAAUGUCAGGGUGUUGCUUUAAGGGACGCUCAAAUCAAAAUUAAACUUUAAAGGGACACUGAACCCAAAUUUUUUCUUUCGUGAUUCAGAUAGAGCAUGCAAUUUUAAGCAACUUUCUAAUUUACUCUUAUUAUCAAUUUUUCGUUGUUCUCUUGCUAUCUUUGUUUGAAAAAGUAGGCAUCUAAGCUUUUUUUUUUUGUUUUGUUUAGGACUCUGGACAGCACUUUUUUAUGGUGGAUGAAUUUAUCCACCAAUCAGCAAGAACAACCCAGGUUGUUCACCAAAAAUGGGCCGGCAUCUAAACUUACAUUCUUGCAUUUCAAAUAAAGAUACCAAGAGAAUGAAGAAAAUUUGAUAAUAGGAGAAAAUGUCAUGCUCUAUCUGAAUCACGAAAGAAAAAAUGUGGGUUCAGUGUCCCUUUAAUGAUUCAGAUAGAUCACACAAUUCUAAAAAACCUUUCCAAUUUACUUCCAUUAACAAAAUGUGCAGUCUUUUUAUAAUUACUCUUUCUGAGUCACCAGCUCCUACUGAGCAUGUGCAGGAAUUCACAGAAUAUACGUAUAUGCAUUUGUGAUUGGUUGAUGGCUGUCACAUGAUGCAGUGGGAGUGAAAAUUAGACGUAAUUUUGAAAUGAGUCAGAAACAAAUAUACUUAAUAAAAGUUCAGACUAAGUGCUAUUACAUUGUCUUCUUAUCAUGCAUUUGUUGUUUAUGUAAAUCUACUGUGUCCAAACCAAGCCCUUUAUUUGAAGGUCUUGCCAGAUAUACAGGCACAUUUCUUAUUAAUGUAAUGCACACUAGGUGGCAGAUUUAUGAUCUUUAAAACUGAUACUAAACAGAAAUGAAUUUUACCUUUUUCUGAGUUACAGCUUUUUUUUACUUCUUUCACUCAUAUUUUAUAAUAAAGCUUUUUUAUAUUUUUAUCUGAA